UUCGAGUGCCAAGUUAUUGCCCACAACGAUCUCAUAAGGGAAAAAGGAAUAACCAACCCUAAACUGGAAAUUGAUUAUUGUAUCCAGACAGCGUUGCCAGAGAACUUCUAGAGAACUGGGAAUAAAAAUAAAUUAUGUAUUAGAUGUGAGCUCAUAAAACUGAUAAUCUUUAUUUCCUGUAGUGUUUCUUGUGCAAAAAAAAAAACAAAAUGAUGCAAUAUGAGUCCUACUUGAUAGAAAUGAACGUUAUUUCUUCUUCAAUUAUAUGAACUAAUCUGGUAAUAUUUAGUUUUAAAAAAAUCGGAUUUCUUGUAACAACCACGCAACAUUGCAGGGCCAUGCCCUUCAGUCCGAUAAAUCCACAAUAGUGACGGAAACGUUGCGCCCCAGAGCAGAACGACGAGAAAAAAAAAACGGCUUUUUUGUUUUGAUGCAAUGGAACGACAAUUUUUACGCAUUGUUAAUGUACGACAAUUUAGUGCAUUGACUUUUUUAGUGCAUUGCGGUCUGUUCAUUAUAAAGCUUCUUGAAAGGUGAAAUGUGCAAAAAUUAGGAUUUCUUACUAGAGAGGUACGUAAUAUUGCAAAAUUUUAAUUACCAAUAAGGUCAAAAAAAAAAGUUUCAGCAACUAAAAUGGGUAAUUUACAAACAUCAGAAGGAAGCACCAAAGCUUCCAAGGGCCAUCAAAAAUCAGGAGGCCGUCAAAAAAUGCGCCUUUUAGGUGGUAAAAAAUCAUCUAUUGCCAAAACUGAAGAGUGGACCAGCGUAGUUCCUGAAGAAAACGAAGUUGAAAAAGUCAUCUUACCUGUUGUUGAAACACCUCAAAGCUCAGAAUCCAAUUUUACUUUGGCUCUUCUAACUCCAGCAGCUCAAGAAAUGCCACCCUUAACUGAACCAAUAUCGCAACUAAAAAAUGACAUCAACGAAGACUUCCAUGAAGUGUUUCAGCCGUUAAACAUUUUCAAGCUCAACGAAUAUCGCGCUAGAAUCGACCAAGAAAAAUCUACAAAAUUGGGGAAACUUGGCAUCACAAAACUGUCUCAGAUAAGCUUAGAGGGUGAUGGUACUGGGUUUUCUACUGGCGUUUUGGAAGUUAGCGAAGACAUCAAGAGUCCUUGUCAAAGUGAAGGUGGAAUUUUGGACAAUCAUGGCAAAAAUAAUAAUGAGCAGACAAACAAUUUAGGUGGUCCACCAGCUUAUAGAAGACACAUGUCAGUUCCUUUGGACGUAGGUGCGAUUUCCGAUGGUAAUACUCUACAAAAAGCGACUUCUUUGAGUAGAGCGGAAUUAGAAGCACGACUACAGAGGCCUAAGUUUGUUCCUGAAAAAUUGGAUUUUAGAUUGUAUGAAAAAUUCGAAGGUUACAUGUUAAUCAACUGGUACGUAUCUGAGCUAAGUGCCGACAGCCCUGCCAAGCUGCAAUUGGGCAUAGCCGAGCUAAAACUGCUGGCAUCUCAAUUUUGUACUCAUCUUUUAGCAGCUGGAGUCCUGAAACAAUUACCUGAUCCUGGAGUACCGCCUACUACAAUUUUUCGACCCGAUUGUAUUUAUUUUUGGAGCCAUGGAGAAUCUCAGCAAUCUCAACCACAAACUCCUGGUAGGCUGAGCUCACUGUACUGGCCUCCUAGUUCACCAUGUGAACUGUUGCCUAAUGAUAUUGUUGACGAUGUAGCAGGUCAUGAAUUAGUUUUGAGACCAAUUGAAAUGAAAAGUUCGGCCAGAGAUGUGGAAAUUUUAUCGUUUGAAGAAGAAAUUCGGAGCCUCAGGCAAGAAGUGGAAAAAUAUAAAACGUUGAUUGAAAUACAAAAUUUAACUUCGUCGGCUGUAAAAGACUUUGAAUCGCCAAUCAAUGAAAAAGGAUUUUUAUUGGAAAAAGUGAACGUUGCAACGAGUACAGUAGAAACUACGACUAUAGAGAAAUCUUCACAAGUUUUUUUGGAUUUUAAAGAGUGUGAAACUCAAACUGAAGAAGAUGUUUAUGUGCAAAUUGGGACCCAAACAGAAAAAGAUGAAAUUAAGAUGUCUCUUUUGCACCUCCGCCACCUCCACCCCUUACCGCCUCCUAUGCCACAACAAGUUCCUAUACCUCCACCACCACCACCAAUGCCAUCCCAGCAAAUUCCUACACCUCCAUUACCUAUAGUUUCUGAAAUACCACCUCCACCUCCAAUACCUGGAAUGCCACCUCCACCUCCAAUGCCUGGAAUGCCUGCUCCACCUCCGUUUCCUGGAAUGCCACCUCCACCUCCUUUUCCUGGUAUGCCACCUCCACCUCCAUUUGCUGGUAUGCCACCUCCACCGCCAAUUGGUGGACCUUUGCCGAUGCCUGCGCCGCCUCCAGGAGGGUUCAAUGCUCAAAAAGAAGCUGUUAAGAAGCCGCCAAUCAAUCCGCCAGUGCCAAUGAAACCGCUCUACUGGACCAGAAUUUUAGUAGCUCAGUCGUCAAACAGCUCAAACGACAGUAGCUCAGCUUUGUGGGAUGAAAUCGAGGAAUUGCCACUAGAAUCGCUACCUGAAGACUUUACGAAACUAUUUUCUAGACAAGUAAUAAAUCGAACUCCUACUGUAAAAAAACCAGAACAAAAACCCAAAGUCGAAGUAGUCAAACUACUAGACCCAAAACGAUCUCAGUGCGUUGGAAUUUUAGCUCAAAGUUUACGUCAAGACUUUCACGAAAUCGAAAAUGCGAUUUACAGUUUUGAUACUUCUAUAGUUAGUUUAGAGGCCUUGCAGCAGAUUUAUGAAGUGAGAGCUACAGAUGAAGAGUUGGCCCAAAUUAAUGAGCAUUUAAACACCAGGCCUGAUGUGUCUUUGGACAAACCAGAGCAGUUUUUACAUGAUUUAAGUCAAAUAUCGGACUUUUCUGAACGAAUUGCUUGUCUUACGUUUCAGGUGGAAUUUGAAGACGCAAUAACAACAAUCAGUCACACUUUAGACAAUUUCCGUUGCACUUGCGAAUUCCUCACCAAAAGUUCUGAACUAAAAAAAGUGCUGGCACUAGUAUUAACUCUAGGCAAUUACAUGAAUGGUGGAAAUGUGGCACGUGGUCAAGCAGACGGUUUUGGAUUGGACGUACUGAGCAAAUUAAAAGAUGUUAAAGGCAGUCAAGCAGGUGUAACACUAUUGCACUUUGUCGUCAGUACUUUUGCCAGAAAAUUCACUGAAUCUGAUGACAGGCCGCUUCCUUUACCAGUACCUGAACCUGGAGAUGUACGCAGAGCUAUGGCAUUGGAUUUUGAAGCUAUGCAAAGGGAACUUAAUAGGCUCAAAACAAAACUAAAUGAAUGUGAGAAAAAGACUGAAAAAAUCAUCGCAAAUUCAACUUCGGAAAAUUUGCAACCGUUCAAAGACAAAAUGGAAGCUUUUUUGGAAAAAUCUCAUUUACAGCAUAAGACAGAGUGUGAGAAUCUUGAAGAAUGUCACAAACUAUUUAUAGCUACUAUGAAAAUGUACCUGUUCAAGCCAAAAAAAGGACCUCUCAACGCAUUCGCUCCGUCAGGCUUUUUUGAGCUUUGGCUACCAUUUUGCGCAGAUUUUAAGGAUAUUUAUAAGAAGGAAAUUAUCACUAUUCAAGUUGAAAAGGCUAAAGAAAAAAAACGUAAAGAAUAUCAAAAAGCAAAUUCGAUAAAGGAGCGGGAAAAUGGCUUAAAGGCAAAAUUCAAAAAAGCCAAAGCCAGAUUGAGCGAUUCGAAAAAGGCCCAAGAAGGAAGUCACGAUACUUUGUAAAAUUUUGUAAUUUAGAGUUGGAGGAAAGGAACAAUUUAAUUGUAGUUUAUUAUUGAUUGAGUAUAUAAAAAUGUUUACAAAAAGAGUUUAAUUAGUUGUUUUACAUAGAAGAAAAUGUAAAUAAUUUUGUGUUUUUAUAAGAAGUUUAUUUUAUUUAUAUUAUAAUAAUUAUUAUGUCUUGUAUUUUUUUUGUAAUAAAUUUUAAUUUGUAUUUCAU